UCGCCCCUCCUCUCAUUCCCAUACCUGGCUGCCUGCACACCUCGAACCUCACACAACUGCUCUAUAGAACAGGAUAUACAGCACACACAAUGGCCGCAGCUACCGCUGGAAAGACCAUCACUUGCAAGGCCGCCGUCGCCUGGGAGGCCGGUAAGGACCUCGUCAUCGAGGAUGUCGAGGUUGCUCCUCCCAAAGCCCACGAAGUCCGCAUCCAGAUCUACUACACCGGUGUGUGCCACACGGAUGCCUACACGCUCUCUGGAAAGGACCCUGAAGGAGCUUUCCCUAUUGUCCUGGGUCACGAGGGUGCUGGCAUCGUCGAGUCCGUUGGUGAGGGUGUUACAAACGUAAAGCCCGGCGAGCACGUCGUGGCACUCUACACCCCAGAAUGCCGCGAGUGCAAGUUCUGCAAGUCCGGCAAGACCAACCUCUGCGGCAAGAUCCGCGCAACGCAGGGUAAGGGCGUUAUGCCCGACGGCACCUCGCGCUUCAAGUGCAAGGGUAAAGACCUGCUGCACUUUAUGGGUACCUCGACCUUCUCGCAGUACACCGUCGUCGCCGAUAUCUCAGUUGUCGCCAUCCCACAGGAGCAGGCCCCCAUGGACCGCACAUGCCUGCUCGGCUGUGGCAUUACCACUGGCUACGGUGCCGCGACCAUCACCGCUGGCAAGGGCGGUAUCGAGAAGGGCGCGAAUGUGGCCGUGUUUGGCGCUGGCUGCGUGGGUCUCUCAGUCAUCCAAGGCUGUGUCAAGAACGGAGCUUCCAAGAUCAUCGUGGUGGAUGUGAACGACUCUAAGGAGGAAUGGGGCAAGAAGUUUGGUGCGACCGAUUUCGUAAACCCUACGAAGCUCGCCAAGGGCCAGACCAUCCAGGACAAGCUGGUUGAGAUGACCGAUGGUGGCUGCGAUUAUACUUUUGACUGCACUGGAAACGUGGGCGUUAUGCGGGCUGCCCUCGAGGCUUGCCACAAGGGCUGGGGAGAGUCCAUUAUCAUUGGUGUCGCCGCUGCCGGCCAGGAGAUCUCUACAAGGCCCUUCCAGCUGGUCACCGGACGCGUGUGGAAGGGUUGCGCGUUUGGCGGUGUCAAGGGCCGCAGCCAGCUUCCAGGGCUUGUCCAGGACUAUCUCGACGGCAAGCUCAAGGUCGACGAGUUCAUCACACAUCGUCAGGACCUGUCCAAGAUCAACGAGGCCUUCCAGGACAUGAAGGCGGGUGACUGUGUGCGCUGCGUCGUCACUAUGAAGGAAUAAAGUAGCAAUCCUGGACAAGAAAAUGAUUUAUUUGGCUUACACAGUUUAUGCAAGAUGAAGAGAGAGCAAAAAAGUUUCUGAUGAAGCCAUGGAGUUGGUGGUGUGUGCGAGUACUGUAUCAGUGAUGAUUGGCUGGCGGGUGCUGUACUGAACUGGAUCGAGACCAAAUGAGAGUCAUUUGAUUGU